AUGGCAGCGCUUCUGCUUCGAUCGAGCUCUCGACUCGUCCACCUACCCGAAUUGAUCACCUUGCAGAGGGCUUCGUUGAGUGUUUCGUCCAGAUUUUUUGCAGAUAGGAAGUUCACAAAGAAACACGAAUGGGUUUUGGUGGAAAAUGGAGUCGGUACCGUUGGAAUCACCGCCUUUGCCGCUGGAGCGCUCGGUGACAUCGUUUAUGUGGAUCUUCCCGAAGUCGGAAAACAAGUUGCUCAAGGAGACUCGUUUUGUGCGGUUGAAUCAGUGAAAGCCGCUUCUGAUGUUUAUACUCCAGUCUCAGGCACAAUAACGGAACGUAACGAAGCUUUGGAAGGGGCACCAAAUAUGAUCAACAAGAGUCCAUUGGAUGAAGGAUGGAUUUGCAAAGUGAAACUAACAGAGGAAAGCGAACUCAAGGGAUUGCUCACCGAGGCCGAAUACAAUACAUUCAAAGAACAGGAAGAAGCCGCUCAU